AUGGCGUCCAGUCGAAGGAACAGCGGGGUUAUCCUACGGGAAGGGUCGGUUAGGGACUGGUCCGAGUUCAACGAUCCCUUGCCAUCUCCAAAACUGCUGUAUUCGCAGUCCUAUGUCGCAAUGAGGGGGUUGCUGGCCUCGGUGAUCUCCUUGGACUUUUUCCUGCUGUGGAGCAAGCUAAAGUCAGCGUACAUGGCUAUGACUUCCCAGAGGCAUAGUAGAUCACAGGAGAGAUCAAAAUCAAAGGGGUUGAGCUGCAGGCGAGUUGCAGUCCAUCUGUUGUUCUUUUUCAUGGUUGGCAUUUUCAUUGGGUUCAUGCCUUUGUUCUCUGUCGACAUUUACAAGAAAAUAGUAUCUGAAAACGAGAGGCUUCCAUUCCAUGAGGGUGUGAUUGAGACGGAAACGAUGGGUACCAAAGUUAAGGAGCUGGAGACAGUUGUAGUAGAGAAAGAGGUCGAACUGAUUGACGAGCCUCAGGUUCAAGAGAGCCCUCCAGUUCCUGCAAUGUUGGAUGAUGAGGCAGAUUUUGCUGAAUCGGCACCUGCGUUACCUGGUAUUGAAGAAUCUGACAUUGUCAUGAAGAAGCUGCUGAUAAUCGUGACAAUCACUUCUGUUCGGCCACAGCAGGCAUAUUACUUGAAUCGGCUAGCCCAUGUUUUGAAAGUUGUACAGGCACCUCUUUUGUGGUUAGUGGUGGAAUGGCCUGAACAGUCCUAUGAAACAGCAGAAAUUCUGAGGUCUUCUGGGGUUAUGUACAGGCAUCUUGUAUGUAGAAAGAAUACCACGAGUGUACGAAAGAUUGCUGUGUGUCAAAGGAAUAAUGCAAUAUAUCAUGUCAAAAGGCAUCACCUUGAUGGUAUAAUGCAUUUUGCUGAUGAAGAGCGGUCAUACUCAGCUUAUGUAUUUGAAGAAAUGCAGAAAAUCAGGCGUUUUGGUUCAUGGCCUGUAGCAAUCCAUGUUGGAACUAAGUAUAGGGCAGUUUUGGAAGGUCCUAUUUGCAAAGGUAAUCGAGUCAUGAGAUGGCACACAGUCCAGACAGUUCAAAAGAAGAGUUUGACUCGUCGAUUCCCAAUUGGUUUCUCUGCAUUCGCUUUCAACAGUACAAUGUUAUGGGACCCUCAAAGAUGGAACCGCCCACCUAUGGAUUCUGUUAUAGUCCACUCAGGUGGAAAAGGUGGUUUGCAGGAAUCACGAUUUAUAGAAAAGCUUGUUAAAAAUGAGCGCCAGAUAGAGGGUCUUCCAGACAAUUGCAAUAGGGUCAUGGUCUGGAAUUUCAACCUGGAACCUCCUCAACUGAACUACCCCACAGGCUGGGCAAUUUAUAAGAACCUGGAAGCUGACAUGCCUGUAAUAUAG